UUUGCUGAACCGAGGGCGCCCCCUCGCGGCCGCUCGCAGCCCGGCUUUCCGGGAGAGACGCCGCUUGGCCACCCCCGGCCCGGCUCAGGGGAAGCGGCCGGCCAUGAAAUCGGCCUUUGUCACCGUGGGCACGACCAGCUUCGAGGAGCUGAUCGCCGCGGUGACCGCCCCGGAGACUCUCCAGGUCUUGCGGAGCCUCGGCUACGGCAGGCUCGUCCUGCAGGUUGGCAGAGCGGCGGCGGCCCCGGCCCCGUUCCGCACGGCGGCGUUUACACUGGACGUGUUCCGGUUCAAGGAGUCGCUGGCCGAGGACCUUGAGAACGCGGAUCUGGUGAUCAGCCACGCGGGUGCAGGCACUUGUUUGGAGACACUGGAAAAAGGAAAACCACUCUUGGUGGUUGUAAAUGAAAAGCUGAUGAACAAUCAUCAGCUAGAAUUAGCCAGGCAACUAUACAGAGAUGGACACCUCUUCUACUGCACUUGUAGCACCCUUUUGGAGUCAUUGAAGUCAAUCGAUAUGUCAACACUGAAACCCUUUCCUCCUGGACAGCCAGAAAAAUUUGCUGCGUUCUUGGACAGAGUUAUUGGAUUUGUGCAAAUGUCUCUGCGCUCCCCGUAUCAUCUCCAUCCCAGAGGUUAUCGCAGAUUGGAAGGCGCCCCCGCUCGGAAGAUGCAGAAGGGCUGGAAGAAAUACUUCGGCCAGAAAUCCCUCAGCGAGGUCACCAUGGAUGAGUAUCUGGCCAGCCUGGGGCUGUACCGCAAGCUCACGGCCAAAGACGCCUCUUGUCUUUUUCGGGCCAUUUCUGAGCAGCUGUUUGCUUGUCAGAUCCAUCAUAUGGAAGUCAGGAAGGCUUGUGUUUCGUUUAUGAGGGAAAACCAACAUAACUUUGAGUCUUAUGUGGAAGGAUCAUUUGAAAAAUAUCUGGAACGGCUGGGAGAUCCAAAGGAAAGUGCUGGCCAAUUGGAGAUAAGCGCUCUAUCACUAAUCUAUAAUCGAGACUUUAUUCUGUACCGGUACCCUGGAAAGCCACCUACCUAUGCUACAAACAAUGGCUUUGAAGACAAGAUCUUGCUGUGUUGUUCCAGUAACGGCCAUUACGACUCUGUGUAUACAAAACAAUUUCAGGCAGAUGCUGCUGUUUGCCAGGCUGUCUUGUACGAGAUCCUGUACAAAGAUGUGUUUGGCAUGGAUGAGGAGGAAUUGAGAACUGCAGUUGAGAUGUUUCGAAGUGGGGCCAAAAAGAACAGAAACAGUGUCUCUGUUGGAAGUGAGGAUGCAAACUUUGAUUGCCUUCCCGAGAAAGCGUCCAAAACUUCAUCAGAAAGGAGAGUGGAAGACUGGGAUGGCAAUGAUACUGACAACCCACCUGAAGAUAAACUCAAACAAGGCACUGAAGAGGCAAAGCCUCCAGAAAAUCCGUCAAAGAUGCCUUUUCCCUAUAAAGUACUAAAAGCCCUGGACCCUGAGAUCUAUCGAAAUGUAGAGUUUGAUGUUUGGUUGGACAGCAGAAAAGAACUUCAAAAAACUGAUUACAUGGUGUUUGCUGGGAGACAGUACUAUUUAGGAGACAAAUGUCAGGUUCGUCUGGAGCCUGGGGGUAAGUACUACAAUGCUCAUAUCCAGGAAGUUGGACAUGAUGGCAACAUGGUGACCGUGUUCAUUGAGGAGCUGGCAGAAAAGCAUAUUGUUCCAUUGGCAAACUUAAAACCAGUGACACAAGUGACACCUGUCCCUGCGUGGAAUGUGGUUCCCAAUCGAAAAGGAGGAAACUAUCAGAAAAUAGCAGGCGGCUAUGUUUCAGAAAUAGAAAUGGAUAUGAAAUCACGGAAGAGACUGUUUAAGAAAGUCCGGGGGAAGGAAGUUUACAUGACAGUGGCUUAUAGUAGGGGUCAGCCAGUUCUUCCACCCCGUCUACAGCACAAUGUUCCUUCAGGUCGCUCUUCUCCAAUUAAUUGCUCUCAAAGUUGUGGGAAUAUGGCAUCCUAUGAUCACUACCGUCCUCAGAAUUCUCCUCAGAGGCAUGGCAGGGGAUAUGGAAUGCCCAGGGGAUCUGCCCGAUUUAUAAACAGGAACAACAUGGUUGGCCCUCAAAUAGCAUUCUACCCUGGUCCAGGGAAGAGAUGUUAUCAGAGCUAUGACAAUUUCUCCUAUAGGUCCCGUUCAUAUAGCCGUAGUCGUCGUCAAAUGCAGUGUGUCAAUAAGGAAUGUCAGUACGGAUUUGUACCAGAGACAGGGGAGGAGCCUCAGGGUUUGGAAGAAACUAUAACUUUCUAUGAGAUUGAAGAAGGAGAUGAGGCUGCUUUUCCUGCUUUACCAAGUCAGGGUAGCCCUGCCCCAAUAGUCCCAGCCCCUGCAGGAUUCUGGGUAGCUAGAAGAGGCCCAAGCCCCAUUCCACCCAGCAAACAGACUCUGAAUUCCUCAGAGGAGGAAGUCGAUGAACCAAGUGACAAUGGGGAAUUCAAUGAAGAAUAUAUGUACACCCCUUCAGAUCCAGACUGUGAAACUCCAACAGUAUUUAGUUCAGCAGAGACUACAGCAAACUUAUCUCUUCAGGAUGGAGGGACAGGCUCUGUCUCGCCUCAAGAUGGAGUUGCUUCAUACAACUAUUCCCAGAAGGUGAUGGUGAAUUCUGCAGUGAUCUCAACCUCCUCUUGUGUUAGUAAUGCUCCAGCAACAGUCUUUUCCUCCAGCACGGCAGCAGCCACUCAAGCCAAUGUUACCACAUCCAUUCCCCCACAGACUGCAGUGCAGCCCAUCUUGGUAUCCCCUUCUUAUGCUGGAAGGCCAGUCCUCAGUACCCUGCAACCAGUUAAUUUCUCGGUCACUAUAUUUGGAAUCAAUCCCUGGGGAAAUCCCUCAGCCUACAUGAUGAUUCCAUCAGUGCCAUACCCAUAUCAUGCAGCUCCCCCUCCACCUCCCCCUGUCAGCGAGGUGGGAGAUAGUGGCAGCAUUCCUCCGCCUUACUCCUGCGAUCCCAGCGGCAGUGAUCUACCUCGAGAUACAAAGGUAUUGCAGUAUUAUUUUAAUUUGGGAUUGCAGUAUUACCAUCAGAGCUAUUGGCAUUCCAUGGUAUACAUGCAACAGGUACCACCGCCAUCACCUGUAGAAGCUUACUCAGCAUAUACUGAGCCUGCCCCCAUGGUGGAUCAGUCAGUACCUCAGCUGUACACUGACGGGAGGAAUGAUGUCCGGCAAGUUCCCCUGGAAACAGCAAAUGGUACUUUCCAAAAUGUAGAGCCUCCACCUCCAUCCCAUGGAACAGUAUAUUAUCCAGUAGUGACAGAUCCCUAUGGACCGCCACCAUUACCUGGGUUUGACUCUUGCAUCUCUUUAGUACCUGCCUAUCAUUAUGUUAGCCCUUGGCAUCCUGCAAAUCCAUCGUAUGGUAACUCUUCUCGACUUCAUAAUACUGUAAAUCCUGGACAGUUGCAUCAAGUCAGCUAUGUUACCUCACCUAAUCCUGUAUCACAUUAUGUACCUCAAAGUAUGUAAGGCCGAGUGAUGUAAACUCAUUUCUUGCACUAAAGUGUUUUCUUGUUUUCUCUGUUAGUAU